ACUUCAAACAGUCAAUAGUGGCUUCGUUGCUUUUCGAAAAUGAAGACUGUUGUUGUAGCACUUUUGGUGGCCGCAGUGGCCUGCGCCUCCGCCGAUCCCGUUGACUGGGAUAAUGUCCAAUUCAUGGAUGUCUACCCACCCGGAUUUGGCAAGGUUUUGCCCGGUGAUUUCCUCGACCGCAUUGUUGGUGGAAAGAGUGCCCAUGAAGGUCAAUUCCCCUACCAAGUUGGUCUUCUUUUGGACGUUUCUGGAGGACAAAGUUGGUGUGGAGGUUCAUUGAUUGCCAAACGUUGGGUUCUCACUGCUGCUCACUGUGUCGAUGGAGUCUCAGCCGCCACCGUCUACUUGGGAGCUGUUGAAAUCAAGAAAGAUGAAAAGUCUCGUCAAACCAUUCGUGUUGACAAGUCACACUUCCGCAUCCACAGUGGCUGGAACAGCAGGACUCUCAUCAACGAUAUUGCCUUGAUCGAAUUGACUGAAGAUGCUCGUUUGGGCGCUGACAUCAAGCUCAUCAAGCUUCCAUCAGACAGCGAAGCCAAGAAAACUUUCGUAGGUGACACUGCUGUUGCUUCUGGAUGGGGACGUCCUUCUGAUGCUUCCAACUCCGUAUCCGAAAUCCUCCGUUACACCGACCUUAAAGUUAUCUCUGAAACUGAAUGCAAGAAAUACUUCGGAAGCUCUGCCCGUAGCUCAAACAUUUGCACCAGUGGAUCUGACAAGAAGUCCACCUGCAACGGAGACUCCGGUGGUCCACUGGCCAUUGGUGAAGGUGAUGGUCGUGUAAUCAUCGGUUUGACCUCUUACGGAAGUGCCAGCGGAUGCGAAAAGGGAUACGCAGCUGUAUUCACCCGUGUUGGAUCCUACUUGGAUUGGAUCAAGGAACGUAUUCAUUAAAUAUGUUUCAAGUAGUCUUUCAAACUCGAAAUAAAUUUGAGAGAGUAUGAAAAGAAAA